AUGGAAAGAAGUCCAGGUUUUUUCUUCUUUUUUGCUUUUUUGCUUGUAAUGAAACCAUGUUUGACAUCACAAGUCCAAGAUGAGGUGAAGAAGCAAUGUGAUCAAAAGCUUCUCAUUAGAAUGAAAACCAAAUGUGUACCUUGCUCUUUAAACCUUGACACACAGUGCCCUGCUGGUUACACCAAAAUUACCAAUGGGACUGGGACACCAGACUGCAGGUAUUACCUGGAAAUUAAAACCCACACACUUACUUUUCCGGGUUGUCAGCAUCGUUGUGUGAAGGAAUUUAAACAACCUGAGUGCUGCCAGGGCCACUGGGGACCAGACUGCAUGGCAUGUCCAGGAGGAGCUGCAUCACCAUGCAACAGGAGAGGACACUGCUCACAGGGCAUUACUGGGAAUGGAACAUGCACUUGUCAGAAAGGGUUUGGUGGGACAGCCUGUGAAAAAUGUGCUGAAGACAAUUUAUUUGGUCCAGACUGCACAUCAGUUUGUGACUGCGUUCAUGGGGUGUGCAACAGUGGAAUUACAGGGGAUGGAAGAUGCACCUGCUUGUCUGGAUACAAAGGGCUGCGCUGUGAUCAGCCCAUAGCUGAGUGCGAGGCGCUGCGGUGCCCUGCAAACUCCAGGUGUGCUGCCUCAGGUGAGGAUGGAAGACAGCUGCAAUGUACGUGUCUGCCCAACUUCCAUGGGGACAGUACACAAUGUGAACCUAUCAACCCAUGCUCCAGAAAGGUCUGUGAUCCUAACGCUGACUGUGUGUACCUGGGGCCAAAUCAGCACAAAUGCACCUGUCGAGAAGGGUACACAGGGGAUGGCCAAGUCUGCCUGCCCAUAGACCCUUGCCAGGCAGCACCUGGGAGCUGCCCUGCACAGUCCAGCAUUUGCAUCUAUGAUGGUCCAGGAAAGUCCCACUGUGAAUGCAAGGAGCAUUACACCAACUUUGUACCUGGGAAAGGCUGCAGCAUGAUGGACAACUGUGAAACAAACAACACCUGCCACAAAAAAGCCAAGUGCUCAACAGUUGCACCGGGACAGAUUGCGUGCACGUGCCAGGGGGGCUCUGUGGGGAAUGGGUUUGUGUGCUAUGGGAACAUCAUGGAGCGCCUCCAAGAGCUGAAUGCACAAGUGGGAGGACAGUGGCAGGGCAAGCUGACGUCCAGCCUCGCGCUCAUGGGAAAUACCUAUGAAUGGCAGCUGAGCACUCUUGGGCCAUUUACUGUGCUUGUACCAACAAACAAGGGACUCAAAGGUACAAAUAUAAAGGAUCUUCUGAAAAAUAAACAGAAAGCCCAGUACUUUGUUAAACUCCAUAUUAUAGCAGGUCAACUGAACACCAGUAGCUUGAAUGAUGCUAAUGCAAUAUAUACUUUGACUGGCAAGUCAGGAGAGAUAUCAAGGGGAGAAAAGGAUAACCAAUUAAGGAUUCGAAUCCAAGGAGGAAGAGGGAAAGGAAAAAUUUUGCAGGGAGAUAUUAUUGCUUCCAAUGGAAUUUUGCAUAUUAUUGACAAAGCCAUGGACAGCGUGGAGCCAACAUUUGAGAGCAGCAAAGAGAAAACCAUAAUGUCAGUACUUCAAGCUAAUGGAAGAUACAGCCAAUUUACAUCUCUGAUAGAGAAAACUGGCCUAGGAACGGAUUUACAGCAGGACAACCAGCCUUACACAAUUUUUGUUCCAAGUAACAAGGCUCUGAGUAACAUGAAAGCUGAAGUUCUGGAUUACCUGCUUUCUGAAGAGGGUUCCUGGAAGCUGCUGGAGCUGGUGAGAUACCACAUUGUCUCCAACACCGAGCUAGAGGUUGCCAGCCUUGUCUCAAUAGAGCACAUCAGGACCAUGGCAAAGCAGUUCAUUCACUUUAACAGGACCAGCACUGGACAAGUCUUGGUGAGUGGAGAAAAAAUGGAAGAAACAGAUAUUGCUGCAAAAAACGGUCGUAUUUAUACCCUUGAGGGUGUUCUCAUCCCACCCACGAUUGUUCCAAUCCUACCACACCAGUGUGAUGACACAAGUCAGGUCACAAAGGGUGUGUGUGCAGGUCGUUUACAGCAUGCACUGUCUCCCUGUCCCCUGGAUGCACAGCCCAUCCCUAUCUCAAAACAGAGGUGCAUUACUGAACAGCCAAUCUUUCAAAAAAUUGGCUGUGCUACAGCCUGCAAUACAACAGUGCAGGAGUCAAAGUGUUGCAAAGGCUUCUUUGGCCCUGACUGCAGACCAUGCCCAGGAGGUUUCUCCAAACCCUGCUCUGGAAAAGGGCAGUGUAUGGAUGGCCUGGAUGGAAACGGGACUUGUGUUUGCUCUGAGGCAUUUCAAGGCUUGAACUGCCAGUUCUGCUCAGACCCUGGCAAAUAUGGACCUCAGUGUGACAAAGAGUGCCUCUGCAUUUAUGGGCAGUGUGAUAACCGAAUAGACAGUGAUGGGACCUGUCUUCCUGGAUCCUGCAGAACUGGAUACACAGGGAAACUCUGUGAGAAGCAGAUUGUUCCCUGUGAGCCCUCCCUACAGCUCUGCCAUGAGCAUGCAGACUGCCAGCUUAGCGAUGGCACAGUGAGCUGUGUUUGCCAACCUGGCUAUGAGGGAGAUGGCCUGAGCUGCAGCAAAGUUGAUCCUUGUGCUGUUUUAAGCCCUGGUGGCUGCAAUAUCAAUGCUGAGUGUGUUCAGACAGGCCCAGGGGAGCACAGGUGUGUUUGCCAGGCAGGAUGGACAGGUGAUGGAAGGGACUGCUCAGCCAUCAACAACUGCCUGCUGCCCUCCACAGCACAGUGCCACGAGAACGCCACCUGCAUAUACAUUGGGCCAGGUCAGAAUAACUGUAAGUGUAAGGAUGGAUUUCAGGGGAAUGGAAUUGAAUGCACACCCAUAAACUCGUGCCUGGAACAAGAAGGAAAAUGCCAUCAUCUGGCAACUUGUCAGUUUGAGUCUUCUCGUGGCUGGGAGUGCGUGUGCCCGGUGGGCUACGAGGGGGACGGUCGGAAAUGCCACGGAAAUGCUGCAGAUGAGAUAUCCACUCUGUCAGAAGCAGCUGCUUUUAACCAAUGGGUUAAUGAGGCCAAGAUAAACUCAGUGCUGUCCACCACCCCGAACCUUACUGUCCUUGUGCCUUCUCUGCAAGCAAUUGAAAACAUGGAUGAAGAUGAGAAAGCCUUUUGGAUGUCAGAAAGUAACAUUCCAACUCUCCUUAAGUAUCACAUACUGACAGGAGCUUACAGCCUUGCUGAUUUCCAGAAUUUAUCAUCUUCUGACAUACUGCCAACAUCACUACAGAGCAAAUUCCUACACUUGUCUAAAGAAAAUGGGAACCUGACCCUCGAGGGUGCUCGCUUUGUGGCCAGUGACAUCGCAUCCACAAAUGGGGUCAUUCAUGUUAUUGAUAAGGUCCUGACCCCGCUCCGAAGCGCUGCCAUGCCGAGGCUGCUGGACCGCCUGGAGCAAAUGCCAGACUACUCCAUUUUCAGGGGCUACAUUAUCCAAUACAACCUGGCCAAUGAAAUAGAAGCAGCAAACACAUACACAGUCUUUGCCCCAAGUAAUGAUGCCAUAGAAAAUUACCUAAAGGAUAAGCAACCUGCUACUCUGGACGAAGGCCAAAUCCGCUACCACAUUGUGCUGGAUGAGAAGCUCCUGAAGAACAACCUGCACAAUGGCAUGCACAGGGAGACCAUGCUAGGGUUCUCCUACCAGGUUGGGUUCUUCCUCCACAACAGCCAGGUAUACAUAAACAAUGCUCCUAUAGGCUAUGCAAACGUUGCCACAGACAAAGGAAUUAUUCAUGGACUGGAAAAGGUCCUGGAAAUCCAGAAGAACAGAUGUGAUAUCAAUAAUACUGUGAUCAUUGAGAAGUGUGGAAUUUGCUCACGACCAUCAAGUUGUCCCCCAGGAACAAAAGAAAUAGCAGGGGAGAAGAAAUACUGUGUCCUCACAGAAAACCACAUGAGACAGUACACCAUCCAGAUCGGGUGCCAGCCCAAGUGUGCUAAAACCAUCGUUACCAGGGAGUGCUGCGCGGGUUUCUUCGGGCAGCAGUGCCAGCCCUGCCCGGGGAAGGCCGGGAACACCUGCUCCGGGAAUGGCGUGUGCCUGGAUGGCAUCAACGGGACCGGCUCCUGCCAGUGCCAGGAGGGCUUUGUGGGCACAGCCUGCGAGAGCUGCAGCGAGGGCAAGUACGGCCGCGCCUGUGACCAAGUAUGCACUUGUGUCCAUGGGAAAUGCAGCAGCGGAAUCGAUGGGGAUGGUUCCUGUGAAUGUGACAUUGGCUGGAGAGGAGUGAUGUGUGAGACUGAAAUCAAAGAUGAUGCAUGUAAUGCCUCAUGCCACACCAGUGCCAACUGCCUUCUCCUAUCAAAUGGCACUGCCUAUUGCAAGUGUGCAGCUGGGUUUGAGGGGAACGGGACAUUCUGCACAGCUAUUGAUGCCUGCAAGAGCAGCAACGGGGGCUGCUCUGCCAAGGCAGAGUGCAGGAGAACAGCCCCGGGAAGCAGAGCGUGCGUGUGCAGCGCCGGCUACACCGGAGAUGGGAUCAUCUGCAUCGAAAUCAACCCUUGUCUGGUGAACAAUGGUGGAUGUGACAGAAAUGCAGAAUGCACGCAGACUGGACCCAAUCAAGCAGUAUGUAAUUGCCUGAAGGGAUAUUCUGGAGAUGGCAAAACCUGCACAUAUAUCAGUCUGUGUUCACAAAAUAAUGGAGGCUGCAGUGAAUUUGCCAUCUGUAAUGACACCGAGCUGACAGAAAGGACCUGCACCUGCAAAAUUAACUACACUGGGGAUGGAUUCCAGUGCCGAGGCAACAUCUUCCAGGAACUUUUCAGGAACUCCAACACAUCUAGGUUUUACUUCCACUUACAGGCCUUGUCUAUCAGAGAUAUCACAGGCCCCGGCCCUUUCACCCUGUUUGUCCCUCACACAGACGUACUCAACAGUGACCCACGGGUCAAGGACUGGAUUGCCAAAGGAGUGAUGGCUCAAGUGCUACGGUACCAUAUGGUGGGUUGUGCCAAUCUGUUGUACAAGGACCUGACAGCAAUCACCAACAUCACCUCUCUCCAGGGUGACCUCAUACACAUCAGCUACUCCCAGAACUCAUUGGUUUUGAACAACAAAGCUGAAAUUACACUCAGUGAUGCUGUCGGCACAAAUGGUGUGAUCCAUGUCAUAAACCAAAUUCUGGUCCCUUCACAUAUGCAAGAUUUCCCCCUCAAGAAGGAAAGUCUUAAAAUGGUUGCAGCCAGGCAUGGGUACAUUCUGUUCAGCACUUUGCUAGAGAAGAACAAUCUGCUUGGGCUGAUCAGCGAUCCCAUUCACAAACCCGUCACACUCUUCUGGCCCACGGACACAGCCAUCCGUGGGCUGCCACAGGAGCAGCAGGACUUCCUCUUCAAGAAGGCCAACACUGACAAACUGGUGCAGUACCUCAAAUUCCACAUUGUUCGCGAUGCUGCGGUGUUGGCCUAUGAGCUCCCCAGCUCCAGCCCACUGAAGACCCUGCAGGGUUCCAACCUCAGUGUGAGCUGUGGGGAUAAUGGGGAGAUCGGCGCCCUGUUCCUGAACGAGGGGCAGUGCAAGGUGGUGCAGCGACAGCUGGAGUUUGACGGGGGCAUCGCCUACGGGAUCAAUUGCCUGCUGACAGAGCCCAGCCUGGGGGGACGCUGCGACAGCUUCCUCACCAUGGACUUCAUGGGGCAUUGUGCUAGCUGUUUCCGUAACUCUAAAUGCCCUCCAGGGACAAAACCAAAGGAAGGAAUCCAGUGGUGCACCUACGAGUCCUAUGGGCUGCGGAGGGAUGGCUGCCGUAGGAACUGCUCCAUGGUCAUCCACAUAGCCAAGUGCUGCAAGGGCUACUUCGGGCCAGACUGCCAAGCUUGCCCAGGGGGCCCAGAGACACCGUGCCAUGGCCAUGGCUCCUGUGACGAUGGGUACACGGGGACAGGAGAGUGCCACUGCCAGGGUGGCUUCAGCGGGACGGCGUGUGAGCUGUGCCAGCCAGGCAGAUACGGCUUCAGCUGCAGGCCUUGUGAAUGCAAGAACAACGGGCAGUGUGAUGAAGGACACUCAGGGACAGGACGAUGUUUCUGUGAAACAGGAUGGACUGGCCGGCUGUGUGAAACCAAGCUAGCUCUGCCACCAGCGUGCUCCCCAAGCUGCUCAGCCAAUGCCAUCUGCACGGAGAACAACACGUGCCAGUGCAAGCCCCUGUACAACGGGGAUGGGAUCACAUGCACAGCUGCAGAACUUUGCAAACAAAACAAUGGUGGGUGCCACCAAGCAGCCGUAUGCACACAGCACGGGGUGAAAGUCUUCUGCAGCUGCCAGAAGGGAUACAAGGGAGAUGGGUUUACCUGCCUUCCAAUAAACCCUUGUGCUGAUGGUUUCAACGGGGGCUGCCACGAGCAUGCCAUCUGCACUGUCGUAGGACCUGGCAGACGUAAGUGUGAGUGUAAGAACAACUAUAUUGGGGAUGGGCUGAACUGCUCUGUGAUGCAGCUGCCCCUGGACCGCUGCCUGCAGGACAACGGGCAGUGCCACCCCGACGCCGACUGCUCCGACCUGCACUUCCAAGACACCACGGUCGGGGUGUUCCACCUGCGGUCCCCCCUGGGGCAGUACAGAUUGACUUACGAGCUGGCCAGGGAGGCCUGUGCCAAUGAGUCGGCCACCGUGGCUACCUACAGCCAGCUGCUGUAUGCACAGAAGGCAAGGUACCACCUGUGCUCUGCUGGCUGGCUGGAUGGUGAAAGGGUGGGCUACCCCACUGCCUUCUCCUCCCCAAACUGUGGCUCCGGAUACAUCGGCAUCGUGGACUAUGGGAGAAGAGUCAAUCUGAGUGAAACCUGGGAUGUUUUCUGCUACAGGGAGAAAGAGGUGAAGUGCACCUGCAAGCCAGGCUACGUGGGGGAUGGCAUCUCCUGUAGUGGGAACUUGCUGCAAGUGCUGAUGUCCUUCCCAACACUGGCAAACUUCCUCUCGGACAUCAUGGUUUACUCCAACACCUCGAGGAAGGGGAGAGAGUUCCUGCAGUACCUCACAGACCUGUCAGUUCACGCCACCCUCUUUGCUCCAAACGAUAGUGGGUUAAAAGAAAAUGAGACACUUUCUGGGAGAGACAUCGAGUAUCAUUUAUCUAAUGCCAAUAUACUAUUUUAUGAGGACUUGACCAAUGGAACCACCCUUCUAACUCGUCUAGGGAAAAAGCUCCUCAUUACAAACAGUGGGGGGCAGGAACAUCAAGUCCCUACUGCUGACCAGAGCGAGAUCCGAUACGUGGACAGAAGUGCUAUUGUUGAGUGGGAUAUAAUUGCUUCCAACGGGAUAAUCCACAUCAUUUCAGAGCCUCUAAGGGCUCCAUCAGAACCUGCCCCUCUCCAUGCCAGUACUGGGACAGGAAUAUUCUUUGGCAUCUGUCUAGUUACUGGAAUUGUGGCUCUUAUUGGAUAUUCUUAUCUCAGGUUCAGAAAGAAAAACAUAGGCUUCCAGCACUUCAAGUCAAAAGAUGACAUUGACACAUCGCUGGACAAGUCACAGCCUUCAAAUAUCACCAACCCCUCAUAUGAAAGCUCUUCAACACUGACUUCAUCAGAACCUAUUUACGAUCUUUUCUCAGAUUCAGAUGACCAACAGCUUGUGAUGAGUGGUCCUUACAAUCAGAAUUAA